UAGACAGGAAGACAGACCCAGAUCGAUGGGAUUGAAGUAAAGAACUGCCAUCGAAACUUUGAAAGCGCGCAUUUUUUCCCCAGCACUAAUUGGGCGCACUAAUUCCCACCGUUACUCCGAACCAAGAAGAUGCCCAAAUCCUCCCCGCGCGCGUCCUCCUGGUCCUCCCUGUGGUUAGCAUCUCUGGUUAUUUUGGUGGUGCAGUCCGCGCUCUCUUCCUCGUACUCUUCCUCCUCCACGUAUCAGAGACCUGCAGCCGGUGGGAAGCGAGCGGGCUUCAUGGGAAGAACGCUGGUUCUGCUGGAUGUCAACACCCGCAGUCCGAUCAGAGUCCUCAACAACAACUUCCUCUCGUUGCAGCUGGACCCCUCGAUCAUCAAAGACGGCUGGCUGGACUUUCUGAGCUCCAAGCGGCUGGUGACCCUGGCGCGCGGCCUGUCGCCCGCUUUCCUGCGUUUCGGCGGAAAGCGGACGGACUUCCUGCAGUUCAACAACCAGAAGAACCUGGCCAAGUUCAGGGGCCCGGGACCAGACUACUACCUGAAGAACUACGAGGACGAUAUAGUGCGUAGUGACAUAGCAUUGGACAAACAGAAGGGCUGCAAACUGGCCAACCACCCUGAUAUAAUGCUGGAGCUGCAGAGGGAGAAGGCUGCCAGUACUCAGCUGGUCCUGCUGAAAGAGCAGCUAUCCAACAUCUACAGCAACAUUACAAUAACAGCCAGGUCUUUAGACAAACUGUACAACUUUGCUGACUGUGCUGGCUUGCACCUGAUCCUGGGGCUCAACGCUCUGCACAGAAACCCAGACAACUCCUGGAACACCUCGUCCACACUGAGUCUCCUGAAGUACGGCGCUGGCAAGAAGUACAACAUCUCCUGGGAGCUGGGCAAUGAGCCAAAUGCCUACCGCGGCAUGGUGGGCCGUGCAGUCAACAGCACCCAGUUAGCGCAGGACUACAUCAGACUGCGGACCUUGCUGCAGUCCGUGCGCUACUACCACAGAGCUCACCUUUUUGGCCCCAAUGCAGGAAGACCCAGGAAGAAUGCCAUCCUGCUGCUGGAUGGAUUUAUGAAGAACGCUGGCUCUGUUGUUGAUGCUGUUACGUGGCAACAUUAUUACAUAGAUGGCAGAGUGAAGAAAGGGGAGGACUUCCUAAAAACCCGUCUUUUGGACACACUGACAGAACAGAUUGCUAAAAUUUCCGAGGUUGUGAACAUGCACACGCCUGGCAAGAAGGUGUGGCUGGGUGGCCUGGGCCCUGCAUGGUCAGGCGGCAUCAAUAACCUCUCUGAGACGUAUGCGGCCAGCUUCCUAUGGAUGAACACGUUGGGUGUGGCUGCUGUGCAGGGCAUCGAUGUGGUUUUGCGUCAAUCGUUUUUUGACUACGGAUACACACACCUUGUGGAUCAACAUUUUAACCCUUUACCUGAUUAUUGGUUCUCUCUGGUCUUCAAGCGUCUGGUCGGUCCGAGGGUUUUAGCCGUGCGAGUGGCUGGACUGCAGAGGAAGCCGCAACCAGGGCGAGUCAUACGAGACAAGCUACGUAUCUAUGCCCACUGUACCAGCUACUCCAAUCAUAACUAUGUGAGGGGGUCCAUAACAAUCUACAUCAUCAACCUGCAUCGCUCAAGAAAGAAAAUCAAGUUGGCGGGAACGUUACGGAACAAGACUGUCCAUCAAUACCUACUGCAGCCGUACGGCACGGAGGGACUCAGAGCCAGACACGUCCAGCUGAACGGGGAGAAGCUCCACAUGCGGGACAAUGAGACAUUCCCAGAACUGAAGCCAAAGACCUUGAGGGCCGGAAGGACAAUAGCUAUGCCUCCAAUGACCAUAGGCUUUUACGUCAUCAAAAACAUUAACGCAUACGCCUGUCGAAGAUAACGGCGACCCUACAUUCACCACCGGUGCUCUGCCAGCUUGACACAAACAUUAACAACCAGAAUAUCACUGACUGAGGACUUCAGCAUCUUGCUUAAGGACACAUAAGCAGAGUGGACACUUGAAUAUAGGAAGAUUUUCUGGUUAAAUCCUGGUCUCUAACCACUGAGAUGGUCAUUUCUGUGGUGAUAUUUAAGCCACUCCUGCAAGUUACAAAUAAAGCUGAUCCUUUCCUCGCUGAUUCUUUGUACCAACAAAGGCUUACCCAUGACAGAUGUGAAGGACUGCACUGAACACUUUCCUUUUCUUUUCACCAGUAAUUCCUCAAAUGCUACAAAGUCUAUAUGGACAAUUUUUGUUGCUGUUGUUAUUGUUGUUGUUUUUUUACUUUCAAGGCAUUUCUGUGUUUUAGAACGACAGUAUCAAAAAAAAGUCUUACCAUCAUGAUUACGAUUUUUUUUUCCUUCUUUGAUUGUCAAGCUUUGAAUUGUUUUAAUGUUUUUAUUUUUUUUAUUCGUCAGACAACCAACAGAAAACCCUUGCAUAACCAUUCCCACAAAGAUGAAACGUCCUCGUUCCGUCACGUGCCGUGUGUGUGUUUGUGUGUGCAUGUGCUCUAUCGAUAAAGCUACUAAUACUAAUAACAAUCAGCAUGUUGGACGUGUCGCAGAAAACAGAAGUGUAUUUCUUUUGAAGGCUUGUUUGUGUGUGUGAGGGGACGCUUCGAUUCAAUUUCAGUGUCAGAGCCAGUAUGUUACCAUUUUCCAGUAAUAUAAAAAAAAAAAACCAAUGUGAACCAAUCCACACAAAAAUCUGUAUUUUGUUUCACGUCCAGCACUUCUAAAAUCCCAACUAUUCAGGUGCAUUUUAACUUAUGUUCCCUCUGUGUGAUUUUAUAUUUUAUAAACCUUUAAUGCUGCUAGGUCUCUUUUUUAUGGAAAACAUUAUAUAUUUUACAAGGUUUUUUUUGUACAGAUUUAUCAUCAUACAAUACUAGAUAAAAUGUAAAUUAAAGAAGAGUGAUGAAAGAGAUUUAAGCUUGAUAUGUUACAUUGGAUAUACAUUUAAUUUAUAUGAUGAAAUACUUUUCUUUGUGUUCUGUAGUUCUAUUAAACGAGGCCCAGUAACGUCAGCGGGAAUGAUGCCGAUUAUAAAAUAAAAUCAAAAAUAAUUCUAAGAAUGAAUUCUUUGAAUAACAGUGACCAUACAAAUGGGGGCAAUUGAAAGCCACAAGUGCAGAUAUAAUAUAUUUGCAAGGAAAAAUAAUAACCUUUUGUUAUGUAUUAUUUCUUCUAUCUUAUUUAAAAACACGUCAUGUUGCUCAUUUUGUACUCGGAGUUAAAGAGUAACAGUUAAAAUCUUACAUGAAGGAAGGUGAACAAGACCACAGUCAGUGUCUGAACAUGUUAUAUAUAAAGAAUAUUUGCCUCUGAACGUGUUUAUACUUAAUGUAGAGAUGUCCAUAUUUUUUUGAAGAGCAUGUGAAG